AUGGAAAAAGAUAUCUCUUUUGUUUUUCAUCCAUCAUGCAAUGUUGGAGGAAAUGAAUCCUUCUCUAAAUCCUGCAUGGAGAUUAAGAGGCAUAAAAUAUUUGGUUUUGAAUUUGAUCCCUGUCAAAAAUAUUUGAAAGGGGAAUUAGGAGAUCGUGAGAGUGUGAAUUCAUCAUGCUCCACAAUUUUAGCAGGAAGAGAGAAACAACGUUCAAAUGAUGCAAAAGACAAGCCGACGGAGAAGAAGUUUGAGUGCCACUAUUGUUCAAAGGAGUUUUCAAAUUCACAAGCAUUGGGAGGUCAUCAAAAUGCUCACAGAAAGGAAAGGAUGAGAAAGAAAAGGCUGCAGCUUCAAGAAACAAAGGCCAGACUCAGCUAUUAUCUUCAAGCUUUUCAAAGUACUAAUAACAAUAUCGCUAAUUAUCAUGGCUUGACUUCUUCACCAUAUUUCUGUGAUCCUAAUUUGUGCUGUGAUUCUUCUGAUCAGUUUACACUGUAUGAAGAAUCCAAUAUUAGCUUCAGCUCUUAUGAUCAAGAUUCCCGAGUACUCCCAUUUCACCAAGAAUCAUGUACGUUUACUAAUACACAUGGAACACGAUCUAGAGAGAAUAGCAUGGCAGCAGUAAUGAAGCUAUCAAGUUUGCCCAAUUCAGCUUCUAAACAAGGCUGUUUGGUUCUAGUGUGUUGCACCCGCGGAACUCUGACCGUAGAUGCGAGCUCGCAUGUGCGUGGAGGAGUCCACAAAAGCGUAACUUGGCUUGGGCAGGAGAAGUCCGUAGAUGCGGAGCUGGAAGCGCAGGAGCGCAUGCGCAAAAGUGCAAAUUCUUCGCACCAGCAGCUGGGCUGGAGCACAUGCGCAAAAGCGCAAAUUCUUCGCACCAGCAGCUACGCAAGAGCGAAAGAUUGGCUGUAG